CUAGUCGUCUCAGAUGUGAAUUUCAUAAGAGUUUAAGCUUGAGUUUCCAUCACAAAACGCUUCUCUCAGAUUACUAGUUUCCAGAAAGAAAGAAAGAAAAAAAAAAUGGCUUUGAUUGGAGAGGCUUUUCUCUCUGCUUCCAUCCAGACGCUGUGCGACAAGAUUGGUUCCGGCGAGUUGAUGGACUUCUUCCGGGGAAAAAAACUUGACCAUUCACUCCUGAAGAAACUGAAGCGGACGUUUCUGGCCCUUGAUGCAGUGCUUGAUGAUGCAGAGGAGAAGCAGAUGGAGAAACCCCGUGUGGAAAAGUGGCUGGACGAGCUCAAACAUGCUGUCUUCGAAGCCGAGGACCUGCUGGACGAGAUCGAUACUGAAGUUUUGCGAAGCAAGGUGGAAGCUGAAUAUCAAACGAAGAAAACCCAGGUGUUGAACUUCUUCUCUACUCUUAAUCCUUUUUACCAGGGCAUGAAUGGUAGGAUUCAAGAGUUACUUGUAGGACUAGAAAACCUUGCACAACAGAAAGAUGUGCUCGGUCUCAGAGAAGGUGUCAAGGGCAAGCUUUCACAAAGAACUCCCACAACUUCCUUCGUUGAGCAUGAAUUCUCUACUUAUGGUAGGGAUGAAGAUGAAGCGAAGUUGAAAACACUGUUGCUAUCUGAUGAUGCAAGUGUCGGCGAUAUAUCCGUAAUCGCCAUAGUGGGAAUGGGAGGAGUUGGUAAGACAACCCUUGCUCAGCUCCUUUACAACAAUGGCAUGGUAAAAAAGCAUUUCGAUGUUCGAGCUUGGGCGUGUGUCUCCGAAGAUUUUGAUGCUGUUAGGGUCACUAAAACCCUUCUUCAGUCAAUUACUUCAAAACACUGUGAUACGUCAGAUAUGGGCUUGCUUCAAGUUGAUCUUAGGGAACAAGUAAGGGGGAAAAUGUUUCUAUUUGUGUUGGAUGACCUUUGGAAUGACAGUUAUAACGAUUGGAGUGUUCUACAAGCUCCUUUCACUUAUGGGGCGAGGGGAAGUAAGGUCAUUGUGACAACAAGGAACGAAGGUGUUGCAUCCAUCGUGCGCACUGUUCCUAUUCACUCUUUAAAACAAUUGUCGCAUGAUGAUUGUUGGUUGUUACUUGCAAAACAUGCGUUUAGAAAUGAAAACACUAGUGCACAUCCAGACUUGGAAGAAAUUGGUAAAAAAAUUGCACGUAAGUGCAAUGGUCUGCCUUUAGCUGCAAAAACACUUGGAGGUCUCUUAAGUUGCAACAUGGACCACAAGAAAUGGAAUCAUAUAUUGAAUAGCAAUCUUUGGGAGCUACCACAAGCAAAUAGUAUUCUUCCAUCUCUAAGAUUGAGUUUCCAUUACCUCCCUCCUUAUUUAAAACAAUGUUUCGCUUAUUGCUCAAUUUUUCCAAAGGACUAUGAAUUUGAUAAGCAUACUUUGGUUCGACUUUGGAUGGCUGUGGGUUUAAUUUCACAAGUUGAGGGCGGGGCAAGAAUGGAAGAGGAUGGCGAGAACUAUUUUAAUGAAUUAGUAUCAAGAUCACUAAUUCAAAGAUCAAGAACUGGAUUCACAAUUCAUGAUCUCGUUAAUGACUUGGCUAUGUUCGUGUCUAGAGAAUUUUGUUUUCGGAUGGAUGAGGAAGGAUCACAUGAAGUUCCUAAAAGAGUUCGACAUUUGUCAUAUUGGAAAGGAAGAUUUGAUGCUGCUAAAAAGUUUCAGCCAUUAAAUGGAGUUAAAUAUUUGGGCACCUUCUUACCCAUGUCUUUAAGGAAGUCAAAUUGGGAUUAUGUAAGUAGUAAGGUUCCAAAUGAUUUGUUGCCAACACUAAAAUGUUUACGGGCACUGUCUUUGGCAGGAUAUAAAAGUGUCAGUCACUUACCUGAUUGCGUCGGGGAGCACAUACAUUUACGCUACAUUGACCUCUCUUACACUGCUAUUAAAAGGUUACCAGAUAACGUGAGUAGUCUCUACAAUUUGCAAACUCUAUUGUUGUCUCAUUGUUCCUCUCUUGUUGAAUUGCCUGUAGACAUGAGGAAACUGAUUAGUUUGCGCCAUCUUGAUAUUAGAGAUACUGGUAUAAAAGAGAUGCCGGUUCAAAUGGGUAGACUAAAAAGUUUGAGAACACUCACUCCUUAUGUGUUGGGGACAUCUACUAGGUCUGGCGGCAUUGGAGAAUUGGGGGAGUUACCCAAUCUUGGAGGGGAACUUUCUAUCUUGAAUCUAGAGAAUGUAGUCGAUGCUAUGGAUGCCUUGCGGGCCAAUUUGAAGGAUAAGAAAGAUCUCAAUCAAAUAGAGUUGGCAUGGGGUAGGAAGGAUGCAGAUGAUUCCAUGAAAGAGAAACAUGUAUUUGAAAGAUUACAACCUUCUGUAAAUUUGGUGGAACUGACCAUCAGAUCUUAUGGUGGAACAAGCUUUCCGAAUUGGUUGGGAGACUCUUCCUUCUCCAACAUAAAAGUCAUGCGCCUCAGUGGUUUUAGUAAUUGUUGGUCGUUGCCACCAGUUGGGCAGUUGCCUGCUCUUAAGGAGCUCUAUAUAGACAACAUGAAAUGUGUUAUGAGUAUUGGUGCUGAGUUUUAUGGUGUCAAUGGAACUUGUCUAAUUCAGCCAUUUCGUUCUUUAGAGAGGCUGGAAUUCAGAUGGAUGCCAGAAUGGGAAGAAUGGCUGCCAAGUCCAGGUAGAGGUCAAUGUCCGGACUUUCCUCGUCUCGAGGAGCUGGUUUUACAUAAUUGUCCGAAGCUGAGGGGAAACUUGCCCUAUCAUCUUCCUUGCUUGAAAAAACUUGGAGUGUUCCACUGCGGGGUUCUGCAUGAAAGGGCUACUAGAAGUAGAUGGAUACCCUGGUCUCUCAUUGUUAACACGGAAUCCUUGCGACAAUCUCUUCAGGAUCUGCAAAUAAGAGGAUGCCCUGGUCUCUCGUCGUUACUAGAGACGGAGUCGCUGUCCUCGCUUUUCACACUUGAGAUUCCAAUUUUUAGUCGCACAGAUUGCUUGCAGCCGCACUUGAGCAGUCGUCUUCAAAAAUUGACUCUCUGUAAUUGCGGGCCCCUCUUGUCGUUCUCAAGAAAUGGUCUACCCACUACAUUGAAAUCACUUGAGAUACUUAAUUGCAGGAGAUUAGAAUUCCUAUCUCAUGAGAUGAUGGCCAAAUUGACAUCCCUUCAAACUUUGUAUUUGAGCAAUAGCUGUGAUUCACUGAGGUCCUUCCCGCUGGGCGUUUUCCCCAAACUUUCAUCUCUUGAAAUCUGGAGCAGUAAAAAUCUAGAAUCCCUUUCCAUUGGAGAAGGAGCUGAUCAUGAAAAUCUCACUCAUCUCGAUUCUCUCUCCAUCUAUUCUUGUCCAAAUCUGGUCUCUUUUCCCCACGGGGGGUUGCCCACUCCCAACCUGGCUCUUUUUAGAGUCGUUAAUUGCAAGAAUUUGAAGUUAUUGCCCGAUCGACUGCACACCCUCACAGCCCUUCGACAUUUGGAGAUGUUUGGUCUUCCAAAUGUAGAGUCAUUUGCAGAAGGAGGUUUGCCUCCCAACCUACAAUUAUUUGGAAUCAGUGGUUGUGAGAAACUGAGGCCUUCAGUGGAGUACUGGGGUUCGCAACGACUUGUCUCCCUUCGAACAUUUGAGAUCUCGGGAAGCGAGGAUGUGUUGGAGACGGUGCUCAAGGAACAGCUGCUUCCUCCCACUCUUCACACUUUCCGAAUCUAUGGAAUGAAAAGUCUGAAAUCUUUGGAGGGAAAGGGACUUCAACACCUCACUUCUCUUCAAAAGCUCCAAAUUUACCGCUGUGAUAGUCUCGAAUUCCUGCCAAAAGAGGGUUUGCCGGCAUCGCUCCGUCAUCUGGGAUUCCAGUUAUGUUCUUCUCUGGAGAAGAGGUGUCAGGAGAAGACGGGAGAAGAAUGGAGCAAGAUAGCUCACAUUCCUUGCAUCGAGAUAGGCGACCAAGUCAUCAUCAAUUGAGAUCUCAAAUCAAAGUCAGGACAAUAUCAUCCAAUAGCAACAAGUGUUUGCUUACAUAAAUUACUUCAUACAAUACCAAGUAAGUUAUUGGGUGCUCUGGCUAGCUAUGACACCAAUAUGAUUCUCCCCUGCACAGGACGAGGUGCCGAUAUGUUUCUGCACAAAAACAACGUGUGAAUUUGGCUCGAGUUAAUUAACAAAAGGAAAAGGUCCAGAUUGUCAAACUUGCACAAGGUUUCCGAAGGACCAAUGCAAGGCAUCAAUCUGAACCAUGAGCUCUAUAUCUCCGCUCGUUAUGGAAGUCUGCCAUACUUCUUGGUUAUGUCAAGGUUGUUCUGUGAGAAUCCUACAAUACGGGCAUUGUUUUUAGGAGUUUAAUGUAGACAUCACAAACAGGUUUUGCCACAUGGUUCAGGAUUACCUGCAAUGCUUGUGCUCGUAUACUCAGAAAUUUGGAAAUGCUUCGCUUAUGGGGCUUUUUGGAUUUCUAUGCGGAGAUAUUCUUUCCUCACGAUCUUCAUAGUCUUCCCAGAGUUUUCAUAAACAAAAAAGCAAGGAGUCUGAUAAGGGCAUAAUGCACACAUAAUGACUCAAAGAAGUCCUCGUAUUUUGAAAGUAACUUAUUCUGGCCAUUUCAGCAGGAUCAACCAGGGAAUUUGUUCUUGAAGGGCAGCACAUGCUGCUAACUUUAUUGAUAGAUCAAUCGACAGGUUUUGACACAUUGUUCCGGAUCACCUGCAAUGCUUGUGCUCAUAUAGUCUGAAAUUUUGAAAAUGCUUCGCUGAUGGGGCUUUUUGGAUUUUGAUGCGGAGAUAUUCUGUUGUCAGGGUCUUCAUAGUCUUCCCAGAGGUUAUCAUAGACAGAAAAGCAAGGAAUCUGAUAAUGCACACAUAAUGAUGUCACAAGCCCUUAUAGUGGAGGUGAGGGACUUUUGUUAUCACGUCGACAGAUAACACGACUUGUGACUUAUAUUUUAAGAAGUUUGAAGGACACGUUCCUGGCCAUUUCAGCAUGAUCAAGCAGGGAAUUUGUUCUCGAGGGCUGCACGAAGACAGUGGCUUUCAGCUUGCAUCUGUUAAGGCUGCUCAACAUAGACUAGAUCAUCAAUAGAUUGGAAGGCCGGAAUAUUGGAUGGUUGGAAUAGUCAACCGGCAAAAUGUACGACAGCGGAGCUAGGUCGUCCAUCAUGGAGGCAACCAUUUGAUUCAUUAACUGUUCUAGAGGAAGAUGCUGUGGAGAAAUUGAUGAUACGGUGUAGCUCACUUCUGGUCGAGGAUGGUUGGAGCAGGCGUCAUAUGAUAGAAAUUUUCUUGCUCGCAGGCAAGAACGGGCGAGAAGCCAGAGGCCCUCCAGAACUUGGUUUGCAAACAAUGAAGAGAACUUGCAGGUUCCCCAGACUCCUGAAAGCAACGAAGAAAACACGCAGAUCUUCUAGACCUUGUGAAAGCAUUGAAGAAAGCAUGGAGCUCAUGUCCUGAGGUUAAUUGAAGUUUCUAGACAUCAGAAGAGAAAGUAGGUUUGCAUCCACGUUGCCAGUAUUAGGCUGCCCCAGUUUCUGCAUAAAACUCCUAUAUGGGAGUCGUUUCCUUCUUUGGAUUUCUCUCUGUAUGGCACUGCUGAUUCGGAGGAGAAAGCGUUCUUGAGAAGCUGGCCAGCUUCCGAAUAGUUGGAUCAUAAAUCUGGGGAAGUGAUAUUUGCACACCCUUUAAUCCUCAUAAACACCUUAUUUUAUUUCUAGCAUUUGGACUGAAGCAAUCAAACGAGAAUCAAUCAAG